AUGAAUUUUACUCGGCUCCUCUUCUCAAUUAUUCUUACCGUUUUGGCUCAUCAAUUGGUCAUCAUUCACGCGCUUGUCUCGGUCGUAACGACGCCGUCACCCAUCACCUGUCCAUCGUCGCCGGCGGCCUCCUCAUCGCCUGUCCUUGCCGACCGCCCUCUGGACGUUGGCUUUGUCCCCGGGAGGCGACGAGAAGUCGACCGCGACAUAUGUCACCGCGCAGAGGAGAUGGAGAUGAAACAGAGGCCGCCAAUCGCGUGCGUGGAGGCGUCGUUGUGCCGCCUGCGGUCCACGACACCUGCGCAGAUGCCAGCUGCAAUGGGGGUGUCGAGCCGGCUCAGCCGCGACGUUGUUGGGGUGGAAAUGAGUUGUGGGCGAUGGUGCGUCGGGUGUCAGGCCGCAGGUUGGAGCGGCGUAGACCUAUUCAUUGGAUCUCAGACGCCCUCUGCAAGUGGCAGAGGAGUGCCGGGCUCUGUUGGUUCUCAAAACGUCUGCGGCGUGCUUCGCAGUGUCACUGGACCUCUUACUCGGCAACGGAGCACUUCCGAGCAGGAGUCGGACUAG